GAGACUUGCAACCAACCUAUUAAAGAAUCUCGCGAGAACCGCGUGGUACUUCGUGUGGAAUCUCGCGAGAGUUCGAUUGCAUUUGGAAAGGAAUCACCGAAAGAUGGCGGCUCCGCCUGAUGAGGGGAGUUUGGAGUCUCGCAUCAACAAAGCGACUAACCCUCUAAACAGAGAGACCGACUGGGACAGCAUUAAAGCUUUCUGUGAGCAGCUCAGCAAUGAACCUGAAGGUCCACAGCUGGCAACCAGGCUUUUGGCCCACAAGAUCCAGUCACCCCAGGAAUGGGAAGCCAUGCAGGCCCUCACGGUUCUGGAGACAUGUAUGAAGAACUGUGGGAAGAGGUUCCAUAAUGAAGUAGGGAAGUUCCGCUUUCUCAACGAACUCAUCAAGGUGGUUUCUCCCAAAUACCUGGGUUCUCGAGCUCCAGAACCCGUGAAGAAGAAAGUACUAGAAAUGAUGUACAGUUGGACCGUGGGGUUCCCUGAAGAGACCAAAAUAUCCGACGCCUAUCAGAUGCUGAAGAAACAAGGUAUUGUGAAACAGGACCCUGCUCUUCCCGAUGAUAAGCCCCUCCCUCCUCCACCUCCCAGACCCAAAAACGCCAUCUUUGAGGACGAAGAGAAGUCAAAGAUGCUGUCACGCUUGCUCAACAGCACUCACCCAGAAGACCUGAGAGCUGCAAACAAACUUAUUAAGGAAAUGGUUCAGGAGGAUCAAAAGCGCAUGGAGAAGGUGUCGAAGAGAGUAAACGCUAUUCAGGAAGUGAAGGAGAGUGUCAAACUGCUCACACAGCUACUAGCAGACUACAGCAAAGACACUAGCUCGAACGACAAUGAAGAGCUCAUCAAGGAUUUGUAUCAACGCUGUGAGAAAAUGAGGCCCACUCUGUUCAGACUGGCCAGUGAUACAGAAGACAAUGAUGAAGCUCUAGCGGAGAUCCUGCAGGCCAAUGACAGUUUGACACAGGUGAUUAACCUCUAUAGGCAGCUUGUGAAAGGAGAGGAGGUGAAUGGAGACAGCAGCACUAUGCCAACACUUCAGGGCAAAGGUACAGCCCUGUUGGACCUCACUGGACUGGACACAUCACCUUCAGCUCCUACUUUUCCAGAAUUCCCCUCUCAGCCCACACCAUCACAUGAGCUGGGCAUCAGCCUGCUGGAUGAUGAACUCAUGUCUUUGGGGCUAACUGACAACACUCCUAGUACUACUCUGGUUUCCUCCCAGUCUGGUGAUGCCUCCACAUGGAACUCAUUCCAGAUUUCAGAUACUGUAGACACACCCAUCCCUCCAGUACCAGCCGCUGUGCUGUUGCCAUCAGUUACUCCCACCCCAGCCACUGUUAGUGCCCCCACCACCACUGUCAAAGCCCUGGAUGAGCUGGACGUGCUGGGAAAGACCCUACUACAGCAGUCUCUGCCCCCUGAGAGCCUGCAGGUCAAAUGGGAUAAACUUCAGCCUCAGUCCAAGCCCACCCUGCGAGAUCUCCAGAGCAUGUCGAAUGUAAACCCUGUCGCAAACCCAAGUCCUGUCUUAGCAUUUUCUUCUGAGCCUGCUAAUCUCCUGAACUCACAGCACAGCAACGAGGCUCCUGCACUGAGCAUUGGCCCCGCUUCCACUCCUCAGGACGAGAUCUCUCUGGCCAAUGUCACUGUGCCCCUGGAAUCCAUUAAGCCUAGUAGCAUGUUGCCUGUGACGAUCUUCGACAAACACAGCUUGCGUGUCCUGUUGCACUUUGCGCGUGACAGUCCUCCGUCUCGGGCGGACGUUCUGGUGGUCAUCAUCUCCAUGCUGUCGUCCGCUCCCAUGCCAGUCACAAACAUCCGCUUCCAGGCUGCCGUUCCCAAGACCAUGAGGGUGAAACUGCAGCCGCCGUCCGGAACAGACCUGCCUGCCUUCAACCCCAUACUCCCGCCUGCCGCGAUUACACAAGUCUUGCUGCUGGCCAACCCUCAAAAGGAAAAGGUUCGGUUGCGAUACAAGCUGACAUUCGAUUUAGCCGAAGACUCCCAUGACGAAAGCGGAGAUAUUGAACAGUUCCCACCUCCAGAAUCCUGGGGGAACCUUUAGGUGGACACACUGACUUCCUGCUGCUUUAUCCCUCUGCUUCCUGUUGGUCUUGCCCAGUGGGAACGGUUCUUGCAAAUCCAUGGUUCGUUUCUGAUCCAAAGAAAAUUGAGCCCCUCCUCACUUUCCCGAAUAUUCGCUGUCGGUACGAAGUUACAGCAGUGUAAUACUCGUAACAGUUUAAAUUAAAAAAAAGCUAAAACAAAGGUAGUCAUUUGAAUAGAAGCAUGUCUGAAUGAGAACUGAGUGGUUGUGCUUAGGUGAAGUGAUGGAGGGUCUCAUUUUUUCCAACUGGAGUCAGACUUAAAGUCAAAAGGAUCUGCCUUGGAACCCUAUGCUGUCCUUUUCAUCUUGCUUUCCUUCUGUCUCAUUGUCUUUGAUUCAAACAGUUUUAAUCUUCACUUUAACCCUCAUCAUCUUCUGCUGCCUCUCUGGCUUUGUCCUGUUUUGUGAACCUGUUGACGCAAUAGCAACCUUCCCGAAAGCGGAGGUGCGUAUACGUGCUCGUCACUCAUAAAUACUCCAUCGUGCUUCGUGUAGUAGAGAGAACUGUGUGCACGUGAGCGUAUCUUAUGAUUCACGGAGCAGAUCUUUGUGAGCGUUUGAAUCAUGGAAGUGGGUUUUGUUUCUAAGCUGUGAUAUGUCUUGUUGAUCUAUGAUGGAAGUCCAAUCUCUCCCUCCUCGCCUUUGGUCUGAUCUGAUGAGCACAGAGUCUGACGAGUACCCUUUGUGACAACUAGAGUUAAGAUGAGCGCUAUAUUUGAUUUCUCUCGAAAUAUCGAGGUUGAUUCUGGUCAUUUACAUUUUUUUUUUUUUUUUUUUUUUAACCAAAGUUGCUGAUUGAUUGGUCAGAUUGCCUGUAUAACGUUUUGAUGACUGUCCAAAAUUGAUAGGAAGAGGAAAUAUUUGCACAUUUUUAACCCAUUGAGCGGCAGUUUUGGGACGGUCAGUAAUCUUUUACGCUAAACCAUGUCAGGAAUUCGAGUUUGUAAUUUAAAGCCCCAAAUCUGGAUCAUCUAGUUCAAUUCUCAGGAGGGACCAUUUGUGGGUGAAGAGUUUGUAGUAACGUUAACUUGAUCAACACAAGUGUCUCGGUUUGGAUACAUGACAGAUAAGGCAUUGGGGUUACGAUAAAACAGGCAACUUUGGUAAAAGUUCCUCUCAUUAAUAGAGUGUAAAGGUUGGCAUUUUAAAUUCACAAGCAAAAGCCACCUAAAUGUUUAUUGCUAGAAUUCAAAGACUACCCUCUUGCUUCCACUUUCAUUCAUAAGUUUAUCCAUUUUACUUCUCAAAACGGGGAAAUGUAGGAAAUCAUUUUGAGGUUAUCAUACACUACAGAUGCAGUUACGGCCUAUAAAGGUUAAAGAAAAAGAAUCCCUCCUUGACGAACGAGUUCUCUAACCUGUUGUUUUGCCCUUUUCAGACCGAAUUCAUCUCGACAUUAACGCUGACGUGUUGUUUAAAUUGACCGUAUGUGCCUAAUCUGAUGUUUUACAUUCAUCCUGUACUUCUCCUUUUUCUUGAAUGCUGAUCUGUACAUACAUAUACUUGCAUUUCUGUUUGUGUUUGUUUGGGUUCAGGAAUUUUGCAGUAGCUAUUAACACUGUUUUACAUAGGCUUUUCUAUUGUUUUUUUUUCUCCCCCCUUUUCCCAUUUAUUUUAUUUUUGAUGAAAUGAUUUGAAAUGUUGGUUCAGUUUUACAUGGCAAUGAUACAACCAUUUAUUUAUUUUGUCUUUGUAACUUCUAAGUGAAAUAUUCCAACCUAAAACAGUGUUUUCCCCCAAAAUACAGCACAUCGAGUUACGAAGUAAUCGUGCCUCUGAUAAGAUGAAAUGACAGGAAUCAUAUAUAUAAAAAUGAAAAAAAAAAGAA